UGGCAUAAACUGGCAACCCAAUCCAACGUUUACUCUUCAUUGAAAUUAGCUUCCUUCCCUCGCGUCAUUUUUUGUUGCACCUGUCGAGCUAGAAACUCAGUCAUGGCCGGAAAGAGAGCCUUGGUCAUCCUGUCCAAGGGUGCGGAGGAGAUGGAGACUGUUAUCCCGGUGGACAUCAUGCGAAGAGCGGGGAUUACAGUGACGGUGGCAGGGCUGACGGGUAAAGAGCCGGUGCAGUGCAGCAGAAAUGUCAUGAUCUGUCCCGAUGCAAGCUUGGAGGAUGCAAGAACAACGGGCCCCUUUGAUGUGGUGCUUCUUCCCGGGGGAAUGCCAGGUGCGCAAAACCUGGCGCAGUCUCCUGUCGUGAGCGAGGUGCUGAAGGACCAAGAUGGCAGGAAAGGCCUCAUUGCGGCCAUCUGUGCAGGUCCCACAGCUCUUUUGGCUCAUGGCAUCGGCUACGGCAGCACUGUGACCACACAUCCGGCCAUGAAAGACAAAAUGAUGGCUGGAGAUCACUAUAAAUAUUCCGAGGCUCGAGUGCAGAAGGACGGCCAUUACAUCACCAGUCGUGGGCCCGGAACCAGUUUUGAAUUUGCCCUGGCGAUCGUAGAGGAGCUUCUGGGGGCUGAGGUUGCCGCUCAAGUCAAGGCUCCGCUCAUUAUGAAAGAGUGACUGUAGACGCUUCACCUCCACUCACAGGCCACAACUUCUCGGCACACCCGCGCAAUCUGGUACAUGCUCUGUCAUAAAAUUUUGACUUUUGCAGCUGAUUUCUUCUAGCCAUUUUCUAUACUGCUUAACCUGUUCAGGGUCACGGGGAGCUGGAGUCUGUCCCAGCUAACAUCAGACGAAAGGCAGACUACAACCUGGACAGGCUUACAGUCAGACAUAUCAUAUGGUACAUAUCGUAACCAUUCACACUCACAUUCACGGCAACACUUAGUGAGAUCUUAAUUCAUGCUGCCUGCAUUGAAGUGAAGCAAAUAAAAUACAUCAUCAGUUAAAAGAUACACAAAUGCCCAAUUUGAAUCAGAGGUCUUUAUUUGACAAUUUUUUUUUUUUCGUUUUGUGGUUGCACUUUACACCCCGCCCCCACCCCCGCAGCGAAUUUAGGUAACAGAGAGAUGAGAAACCACUCUUAGUUUGAUGCAGUGCAGUUGUACACACACUGCAAACUACAACUGUGUGCAUUGAAUAGAUAUAUUUGGAAGGCAAUUUUUUUGCAUUGGUGGUUCUCUUUCGUUCCGGUCUGAAGACUCUUGUACAGUCAUCCUUCGCCCAGUCAUGGUACACUAUUUGCAAAUUCGCUAUUCACCUUUUUUCAUCUUAUCACAGCACUGUAUUUGCACUUUCGUACGCUUUCUGACUCACUCAAAAAUGCCACAAGAUGCCACCAAAGCCCUUCUUAAAAAGGAAUCAGUCUCAAGGAACUAUUUUGAAGUAAUACAUAUUUCGGAGAAACGAGCCUUCUAUUUGGGGAGGAUCUUAGCCUGGGUUGUUGUUCCUGUAAGUUAAGAGAGUUUUUGAAUUGCAUUCAUGUACAUGCGCUCUUCUGGGGCAUGCUUUCAAAAUCAAAUCUGUAAACCUUUUAUAUUUUAAGGGCAAUGUAAGAGGAGUUUUGAAAUCACGUUAAACUGUUUUAGUAUCAUAGUUUUUGGUCAAUUUAAUAACAGAUUUCAAGGGGGAUGUCAGCAUUUGCGAAUCAUGGGAGAUUACUCAAUGACCUUACUGUAAAGAAAUUGUUUAAGAAGCUAGUAGUUGCUUCUGAUCAUUUCAGCAUUUUCUAAAUCAGUUUAGUACAGCUGUCGGAGGACUUCAUAAAAACUGAAAUGGCCCCUAAAGGGAAAAAAAUGUCCGGAUUUAACCAAUAAUAUAGUCCGUGAGAGAAGAGUGCUCCUCCUUGAAACCAACCUUGAUUGCCCUUUCAUUGUGAACUAUAAUAUGCCAAAUCAUUGCACAGAACAGCAUUUCUGAAUAACCUUCAAUAAAGUCAGGGUUACAGCAA